GGCCGCUAGUCUCACGAUCGUGAUUACCAAUGUCGUUCUCCAGUGCAGCCUGUGGAGCGUCGAGUUUGCCAGGCCCCUCCGAUACGUUAUACAGUAUAGCUCUAAAGUGUGCAGUUGGUGUAUCCGUGGGAACGUGGCCUUGUGUGGCAGCACUAGCACAUGUCCAUGAAGAGGCGAGCGGGUUGCCCGUGCGUGCGCAUCACCGUCAGGCACACUGCCAAGGCCCGCACACUUUAUAAAGAGAACCCACGCAAAAGCCAGCGUCGCAUACCUCAGCUGCUUUACGGCGUUUACGACUAACUACAAUUAUCAUUGGUUCGAUCACGCGGCCCAUAUUUCGGUGAUUAGACGGGUGAUGUGAUACUUUAGAGACCUUUAGUAAGAUUCCAUGAGGUUCGCUGAUCAUGGAAAGACGGUGAACAAUUCGAUUUUAGUGAAUCAUUCGGAUGCCAGUUGUUCCUGAUUUUUCGCUUCGCAGUGUUUACAGACGCGAACCGUCUGAAAUCCAUGACAACCGGCGAGGCCACCUUUCCAUCUGACAGGGACGGACACGUGCACGCUUCUCAUGGCGCAUAUCGCACGUCGAUGAUUUUUAUCUUAUAGGUGCCGGCGUAAUCUUCCCCUGACGUAUCGACUGAUAAAAUAUCGAAUUUACGUCAUUAGGAGAAGACCAGUACAAGAUAGAAGGAAGCAAUAUGGCCAUCGCGAGGAUCAAGAGUUUCAUAGACAGCAGUAUAAGGACAGUGUCCACUCCGCUUGAUCGCACGGCUAAUUUGGAGCCGGAAGUCGGCAUUAGGAUUGUCCAUUCACCGACGGAGAAGGCUCUCUACGUGACUGUGAUCGGUGCGAGACACUUGCCUCUCAACUUUGGCUUUACCAGAGUCAACAGUUACGUGGUCAAGGUAAAACUUCUUCCGGGGAAGGAGAAGUUCGAGACUACGUCGAAGAGUGAGUCUUGGCCUCAGUGGAAUGAGGAAUUCACAUUCGCUCUGCGAAAGGAGACCAAAUCGAAAUUUGGCAAAACAAAGAUUACCGAGGAAGAAAUUGGUGGCUCGAAAUUGAUCGUAGCCACUCUCUAUGCUGUUCUCGAGGAUAAGCCAUUGAUAGCUACUGAGAAGAAAGAAGCUGAUAAGGACAAAGGAAGUUCAUUGGGCAAAGGCGAGACUUCGAAGAAAGAUGCAAAGAGGAAGGAUGCCGCAAAAGAUCAGAGUGCCAGCCAAGAUUCUACCAUUGGUAAAGGAGGCAAAUUGCUCGAUCAGUUUUUCGGCAAGGGUUCCGAUAAACUCGGUAAUCCAAGUGAAAAAAAAGGAUCCGCUCGGGAUAAGAUUUUCGACAAGAGAAGAACCAUUGGCGCCGUUACGAUUCCUUUGGACUCGAGGAGUUUCGUCAGCAAACCAGUUAAACCAAAACACAGCUCCGACGUGUCCACGGGGGACUUGUGGAGACCAGUCAGGCCCAUCGCCAGCGGAAUUUCCGGGGCAGAGGAUCGACGUGAAAACAAAAAGGGGCAGGUAGAAAUUUCAUUGUGCCAAGAAAAGGAUGACAAGAAGGAUGGUACUGGAAGGUUGGUACUGUCCCUGAUACGCCUACGAUGUUCUCUGCAGACGAUGCACGAGCAGGAGGCCCUGAAGGGCCAGUUGUACAUAAAGAUGUCUGUUGUCGAUGGAGAAAGAGUCACGCACUUUUGGAAAAGCGACAGGUUUUCCCCGUGUGUAUCCAUGAAAUUCUCCCCGGAAUCAGCCAGAGUUAUAGCUGAGAAUCCGUACGAAGGUGCUCUCAAGGAUGUCAGCUUUGUCGUAAAGUUCGUGUCGAAAAACAAAAUGGGGAAGAAAGUGACAGUUGGUCACUUCGUGAUAGGCGCCGAUGUCGGUGGAAGUUAUGGCGAACAAUGGAAACAAGCGCUGGCUAAGCCAGGACAACAAAUAGCCAAGUGGCAAGCCUUUGAGUAAUUCAAUCUAAAGGAGCAAGAUGCGAUCGCUAUGUGUGAUCAGGCAGAUCAAUUAUUGUUUUCGAUAUGCGCCGCUUUACGCUUGCGAUUUUUAAAUCGCAAAGUAUCUCAAUCUAACCGUCCUUUAUAUUAUAUUCUUAAGCACAGCAGUAUAAACUCUAUUUUCUGUAAAUUUGUAAGAAGAUAACUGGAUAAACGUUUACGCUUAAAGUUA